AUGGAGUCGAAAACAAUGGAGUCGGGGAAUUCGAUAUGUGUACUCCCUGCAGUCCCAGCUGAUAUUAAUGAAUCUGAUGAGUUUCAUAAUAUUAUUAUAUCGAUACCCCAGCAUGAGCACCAGCAGCAGCAGCAGCAGCAGCCACUGCCGUUGGAGGACAUUUCCCCGAUAAACAGUUUUGGCAGCUUCUUUUCCGAGUUCAAGAAUGAGUCGAGCAAGCUUUGGCGUCUCGCCGCCCCUGCGAUCCUCACCACUGUUUUCCAGUACUCGCUCGGGGCCAUCACUCAGACCUUUGCUGGCCACAUGGGCAUGGGGAGCGCUCUCGAGACCCUUUGCGGACAAGCUUACGGCGCCGGCAAAAUCGGCAUGCUGGGCGUUUACAUGCAGCGCUCGUGGAUCAUUCUCCUCGCAACAAGUGUCCUCCUCACGUUCCUCUACGCAUUCGCAGAGCCCGUGCUUCUCCUGCUGAGGCAGAAGGAAGACAUAUCCCGGGCAGCGGGGAGAAUCGCCAGGUGGAUGAUCCCACAGUUGUACGCGUACGCCUUCAAUUUCCCGAUGGCAAAGUUUCUGCAGGCGCAGAGCAAGAUUGCGUGGGCCGGAUUUUCUUACAAGGCCUUUCAUAGUCUUUGGGCUUUCGUCAAGUUGUCCGUUGCUUCAGCUGUUAUGCUCUGUUUGGAAGUGUGGUAUUUUACUGCCCUAAUUCUUUUUGCUGGAUACUUGAAGAAUGCUGAGGUGGCCGUUGAUUCUCUCUCAAUCUGUGUAAAUAUAUUGGGGUGGACCGGAAUGGUUGCGCUCGGAUUCAAUGCUGCAGUGAGUGUAAGGGUGUCGAACGAAUUAGGAGCAGACCGUCCGAGAACAGCCAAAUUUGCAGUGGUGGUGGUCGUGAUAUCAUCAUUUGUUAUCGCUGUUCUUAUUUCGGUGUUCUUCUUGGCGUUCCAAAAACAAUAUCCGACCUUAUUCUCCAACAGUUUGGAUGUCAAAAAUCUCGUGUAUCAUCUCACACCGAUGCUCGCAUUCUGCAUUGUUCUUAACAACGUUCAACCUGCUCUAUCAGGUGUAGCUAUUGGAGCAGGAUGGCAAGCCAUAGUCGCAUAUGUCAAUAUCGGAAGCUACUAUUUGUUUGGCAUUCCGUUGGGUCUAACGCUCGGUUACGCUGCCAAACUGGGUGUACGAGGAAUAUGGUAUGGGAUGGCAGGUGGAACUGCUAUUCAAACCCUCAUCCUUUUGUGGUUAAUCUACAGAACUAACUGGAAAAAAGAGGCUUCUGCUGCAGCCGAAAGGAUUAAUACGUGGGGAGGGGAAUCAGCUGUUAGAGAAAAUAACAUAGAGAAUUAA